AUGGCAAGGCACGGGUACGGUAGUCAUCUGUCGUUUGGCUGUGAUGACAGAUUGACAACCUCAUCUUGCACCGAGGGGAUGUGCAUUCAUGGACUGCCCCAUCCACAUCCCCGAGUCCGUCAGCACGAUUAUCGCAUCGAUCUGACCGUACUUUCAUCCAGGACUCGGCAUCUGUCGCGUCGCAUCGUCACCUUCCCCGCUCUGCUUAGCCGCUGCAAGCUCCGGGCUGCGUUGGCGGCUGUUCACCAGCACCACAUGUCUCAGAAGGCUCGAUUAAAUAAAGUGCUAGUGUCGUAG